CCGGUCAGCCCUAGACGUGUUUCUCUACGUCUAGCGUGUGUGUUAGUUGGAUGUUUUCCGCCUUCGGUCGACGACGCAGGUUUGCUAUUGCAGUUCUGAAGGCUGCGGGCUCCGCGACUGUCGGAUACGUUUCUUUUCACCAAAUUUCUGGGAAGUAUUCCCGUUUAAUAUCGGUUGUAGUACACCCCAUACGUCACUGUUUAAACAGAGUCGCCAUGGAAUCUCCUGAAGCGAAGCGCCACCACAGUGACUCACUGAGUGAGAAAAUGUCGGUCCCUCAAAUCGGGACUCACAACGGGACUUUUCACUGUGACGAGGUGCUGGCCUGUUUCCUCCUCCGACAGCUGCCCGAGUACAAGGAUGCGGACAUCGUUCGAACCCGAGACCCUGCUUUGCUGGAACAGUGUGACAUCGUAGUGGAUGUUAGUGGGGAGUUUGACCCGAAGAGACACCGUUAUGACCAUCACCAGAGGUCUUUCAAUGAGACUUUCAACACCCUCUGUCCAGAGAAACCCUGGAAAACUAAGCUGAGCUCAGCUGGCCUUGUGUACCUGUACUUUGGCCAUCGUGUGUUGAUGCAGCUCACACAGCUGAAGGAUGAUGACAAGCAUCUGGAGGUGCUCUAUGACAAGAUUUAUGAGAACUUUGUGGAGGAGGUGGAUGCUAUUGAUAACGGCAUCUCGCAGUGUGAUUGUGAAGUACGUUAUACUGUUUCCACCAACCUGAGUGCUCGUGUUAGCCACCUCAACCCUCGCUGGAACACCAAGAGCCAGGACACAGAGGAGGGAUUUCACAAGGCAAUGGCAGUGGUGGGCGCAGAGUUUCUGGACCGUUUGGAUUUCUAUCAGAAUUCUUGGCUGCCAGCCCGCUCACUGGUUGAGACCGCAGUCCAGAAUCGGAUUCAGGUGGACCCCAGUGGGGAGGUGGUGGUGCUAGAAAAGGGUGGCUGCCCAUGGAAGGAGCAUCUCUUCUCAAUUGAGGCAGAAUUAGAUGUGCAGACCCCCAUAAAAUUUGUCCUGUACACAGACCAGAAUGCUCAGUGGAGGGUGCAGUGUGUACCUGCUGGCCUGCAUACCUUCCAGAACAGAUUGUCCCUGCUGGAGGAGUGGCGUGGUGUACGGGAUGAGGCCUUGUCGGACCUCAGUGGGAUCCCAGGCUGUGUCUUUGUUCACGCCAGUGGCUUCAUUGGGGGGAACCGCACCAAGGAGGGGGCGCUGGAAAUGGCCCGCCAGACCCUGCAGGCUGCAGCUAAUUGUGUAGGCGAAGGGAGCAAGCUUCAGACCAAUGGCAGUUGAUCAAAUUCCAUCACUUUUACACUGUAACCAUUUUUCUGUCCCAACUGAAAUAAUGUGUACUUUGUAAUGACGUUCUCGUUUCUUAAUAAAAUUCU